AUGAUUUACUGUACUAAUGGAUGGAAUGUUGUUGGGGGUAAUUCCAAGUCGAAGUCGAACCAGUACGCGAGCACGUCUCUGAUUCAGAUUGAGGGAGUGAACACCAAGAAAAAGGUGAACUGGUACCAGGGCAAGCACUUGGCGUAUGUCUACGAGGCUAAGUCCAACCUGCCUCCCAAGUCCAUGGGCGAUAAGGUCAUUGUCUCCAUGUAUCCAUGUAACAUCUAA